UAAUUUUAACAUACACAAUGGCGCCAAAAGAAGGAGGAGCAUAGUAAUCCCACAACAAAAGAUGUGCAAUGGAGUGGGAAAGUAGUGUUUAUUUACAUUGUUCGCACGUGUUUGACAAGAAUUUGAAAAAUGAAAGAAGAAGAAAGGUUUCUAACAUCAGUGAUGUGGAUUUUAUAGACAUAAUAGCCAAAACUUACAGCCUUGAUUUUGAUCUGUUGAAAAAAUUUCUCGACAAGAAUGAAGAUGUGUAUAUAUGUGCAAAAUGUUACAAUUCUGUGAAAUCAGUCUCAACAAACAGUAAGAAAUACGAUCAGUCAAAAACAUCUUUAACGGAUUCUGCCUCGAAUGACUUUAAGAACUUGUCUAUACAGAUUGAAUAUCGUUCUAUUCCAAGUGACCGUGGCAGUGAACUGAAAAGAAACAGAAGUAGCCUUACUCCCACCAAGUCUGGAUGCACUCCUAGAGCUAAGAAACAAGAUAAAAAUGUAUCAAAUUCAUCAACAAAAACACCAAAGAAUAAUAGACGACGUCUCUGCUUCUCUGACAAGAAAUCAACACAGUCUCCAGGGCCUAAAGUAAAGGUGAACAUAGGGUAUCAUGGAAGUUCCAGGAACACAGUUUUAAAAGGACAUGAGAAGUUGGCAUGUCGUGCCUUAGUCAUGAAACAAUACAGAACAGCUGUAAACCACAUGUUUGAGUUAGAUGUUAAGAAAGAAAUUGGAAUUGUGAUCAAAAAGAAAAUAAAUAAGGAAAUAACUGAGGUAAUCAAGAACAAAGACUCUUUAUUAAGGUCAACAAAUCUCUCUUCGUUUUCAUGGAAAUCAGCUUACAAGCAACUAGAAAAUAAAUGUCCUUUGACAAUGGACUUACUUCAGACAAUAUGUGGAGAGAAGAAAAAAAAUGAACCAAGACUUGUUACCAGCAUGGCCGUCCUUCUGUUUACCAGAAAUCAGCAAAUGAACACAAUUCAAUCUAUAAACAGUGUGUUAAUGUUCCGAGGACAUGUUAGAACAAAGGUUUAUACCACCUUUAACCGAGCAGGACUUAGUAGUUCCUACAAGUCCACACUGAAUACAAUUGAUAAGCUAUGUGAGAAAUUUGAUGAGCCUGUGAAGAGAUGGACAGAACAACUCAGCAGUAAAACAAUAGAUCAGAAAACUUCAUUAGGUGAUCAUACAUAUGCAGCAACCAGUGAUGAAUGUAAUGUAGAGAACAUUGCCACAGAUGAUAACAUUCUACACAUCCAAUGUCCACCAGUAAUGUACAUAGCAGAACCUAUAACCGAUACCACUUCAGAUUUUUCCUCAGUAGAUACAUGUAAAGAGACAGUUCCAACUACAGACUCUCCUAUGGAAAAGCUGUACGACUUUGUGGAUAAUGGUACAUCUGUUCCACCUAGAACUCCUUUAUGUAGCAUAGGAAACCACACAACUUAUUACACACCAAUGCAACCAUCAGUACCAUGUGAAGAAGAUUCUCCAUUUACAACUAAGUCGUCAGCUGCAAUUCAGGAAACGGGUUCUUUCCAAAUUAUUAUGGACAAUUUGAAUAUGAACCAAAAGACUAGACACAAGACUGUAGAUACCAGCAACAAAGUUCACAACUUGGUCCACUCAAUGGCAGUUAAUGAUAGAGCAACUCCAACUGACCCGUUAGAUGAGAUUCACCCUCAAGCUGACAUUCUAUCAUUAUCUAAUGACUUGUUCAUUCCAAGUGACAAUGACAUACACCAACUGAAUGAAGAUUUCAAAGUUUUGAUACAAACAGCUUUAGUGGACAACAUCCCAGGACUAUCUGAGUACAGACAAGUUGUGCAGUACCACAUCUUACAUGAGUUUUCACAACAGGCUGAAAAGAAGAGCACAGUUAUACCUUUAGGAAUUCUUGAGAAGGAUGAAAACAUCACAGAACAAAUGAUCGAUGUAAUUACACAUUUACAACAGUAUGUGCCAAAGAGGGACAAGAAAUUAAAGCCAUUGUUGUUAGGUGGCGAUGCCUUAAGUGUUGAGAGGGGUGAAUCUGCACAGAAAGCCAGAAUUGAUGCAGUGACAUGUGAAGACAGAUUAGAUGGCUUUAUAUGGAAAAGCGAAGAUUGGCAUGGCCAUGUUAUAUCACUACAGGAUACAUUUAACCUCCAUUUCAAGGGAUCAUCAUCUGGUGAAAUGGGAACAUUGUUCCAACUGAAAAACAAGUUUGAUAGAAGAGGUGUUAAAUCAGAGGUGAAAGAUGCAGUAAAUGACUGUCGAGAAUUCUUAAGAUUUGUGACAAGAGGCUAUAUAAUUCUUGGAGCCAUGCAGUUGUUAGGGUUUGAUUCGUUAGACAAAUUUAAAGACCUUAAUCAUACUUCUGACACUCAAAAGAAGGAAUUCUUGGAAAAACUUUCCCAAGAUAUUGUAGACCAGUACAUAACUACAGAAAAAUUUGAUUUAGACACACUUAAAGAAACCAAUACACGAGAAGAAGGAAGAUAUGCGUGUGGAUAUCCUGGCUGCAAGAAAAGUUUCGCUGUAGAUGGGAAAUGUAGGUCAAAGCACAGGUUUCGAUGUCAUUAUAAAGACUUCGAAGGUGUUCUACAGCCAGAUAAUGAUACUGACCAACAUGUCCAAAGCACCAUUGAGGUUGAAGAAAAGAAGGAAGAUUUUAAACACAAUUACAGCUGCAGUUUGUUAAGGGAUGGGCUAUUUGACUGGUGUAGAGAAGAUGCUGCGAGAGAAAAUGAUGGUGAACGUUUAGUUAGAAUGUGGCGAUUUGACAUUUUAAAAUUCGCUUUAAACAAUCAUGUUAAAUACAAACUACUAGCUUUUAAAUUACAUGCCCAGCUUUUAGCAAUACUGCCUCCAAAACAAGCCUUUCAACUGAAAAACAACAGAAGUGUCAAUAUACAUGGUGGAAAGGGAGCUAACGUUCCAGGAGACCUUGCUCUUGAGUUUAUGAAUAUGAGGGCAAAAGAUGCUUUAAACUCUCUCAGAGGCAACAUGACCGGUUCAUCUAUUGAAAGGUGCGGGAGAAGUCUCCAAGGCUGCAAUGACAUCAUUGAUUCCUAUACAACAGGAUUAAACCAAUUUUUUGGAAAGCCUUCGAACACCAAGCCAUCAAUCCAGAAAGAUAUUGACAUUCUUGUAAAACAUUUACAACCAGAAGAACUUUUUCAAGUCAUUCCAGGAAGAUGUCACCGCACAUUUAACUGUAUGAACUCCAAUUGCCUAACCAAGUUGGAUGGACAAAAAUUAAACUCUUGGCUCACCAGCAAAAAAGAAGAAUUUUCAAAGACACAAAGACUACGGUCUUAUUUACUUUGA